AUGCCCAACGAAGUCUCAUGCGAACGUAGAUCGGUCACUAUCAAGAUGGAGCACAACCUCGCCGAUCAACUGAACUGCAUGGAGGCAACCCACAAACUUGAGCUGCAGUGCAUGGUUCAGAGGCACGAGGAGUCCAGACGAGCGCUCGAGUUGGCUCGGGCAGACACGUGUAAGCUGAGAAAAGAACUUGCAGGGAUCAGGGAGCAGGUCUCCCGAGUUCGCCGCCUCUUUGAGCAAGAGGGAGCAGCGCAGAAUGUGGCCCUGCAGCAGAUUAAGGCCUCACGGAGGAGAACUACCGGGCUGCUUGCCGUGCUCAAUGGUGCGUUGGGUGGGAGGGCGGCUGUUCCUGUGAAGAAGGAAGUCCCAGAACAAACGGGAACACGAUUUCAACUUGUGACAGACGCUGAGGAGGAAAAGACCGUGGAUACCAAGGAUUUGUUAGAUCAAACCUCGCGUUCGAAACGCGAAACAUUCAUCAGGGCUGGGCAUCCCAAACGCGCGGUACGAGUACUGUACGAGUUCCUUGCCGUUUUUGCGAUUGAGGCAGACGCGAAAUUGUGGCACUGA